UACCACCAGCUUCGCUUCAUAGUUGCUGGGUGGAUUUUACAGAGACACUCACUGAAGAAUUUUCAUAUUUCUUCGUUUGCUUCUGGUAAUUCUUUUGAUAUUUAGAAUAAAAAUCGAAUCUUUGAAAUGCCACAUUUGUAAUAUUUUCAUAUGAUUCAGACCCAUAUUGUUCAUUUCAUGUUUGUACUCGUAUGAAUGAGUAAAUGCGAUUUAAUGGGUUGUUAAGAAACCAAAAACAUAUCUGGGUUUUGUUUAGUUUCCGUGGGUCUUGAGGGGUUUUCAUUGUAUUUGAUUGAAUCCACGAUUUGUUUGUUUCUUGAUUGAGCUAGUUUUUUUGAUCAAUUUGAACAUAGUAACUGCUGUUUUUGAUGUGUUAAUGCUUCUGGGAUUCGUGAUUCUUGAAAAGGGUAUUCAAUAUUAGUGGUAUUUGAGGUAUUGCGUAGUAUGUAUUGAAGUGGAGAUUAGUGGAUAGGCAAUAUUUUGUUUGGUGUAUAUGUUUGAAACUGAGGGGAGAGCAUCAGAAUAUGCUCACUCUGCGCCUGGUUCGCAGAUUUGGAACUAGGAGUCGCCUUGCUGCUGUCUCGGGUGCUGGUAAUACUUCUAAAAAAACUUUAGUUUCUAAGAGGAAGAGUGUAAAAGUAGAUGAACCAGCACUUUUUAGGCUAAAAAAGGAAAAGAACCCUGAGAAGUUGUUUCAGUUAUUUAAGGAGAAUGCUCAUAAUAAGAUUGUCAUUGAGAAUCGCUAUGCGUUUGAAGAUACAGUUUCUCGGUUAGCAGGUGCGGGCAGGUUUGAUUACAUUGAAAAUCUGCUUGAGCAUCAGAAGACACUGCCACAAGGUCGCCGUGAAGGUUUCAUUAUUCGAAUUAUAAUGCUCUACGGGAAGGCUGGGAUGAUACAGAAUGCUAUGAAGACCUUCUAUGAGAUGCAUUUAUAUGGAUGUCCACGAACUGUUAAGUCAUUCAAUGCUGCACUCAAGGUUUUGACCCAAUCUCAUGAUAUGGAGGCCAUUGAGUCCUUUCUGUGGGAUGUUCCUGAAAGGUUCUCCAUCAAUAUAGAUAUACUUUCAGUUAAUACAGUCAUUAGCUCAUUUUGCUCAAUGGGUAUCUUGGAGAAGGCUUAUUUGUUCAUGGUUGAGAUGGAAAAGUUAGGUAUAUCACCUGAUGUUUUUACAUAUACGAUACUUAUAUCUGCCUUCUAUAAAGUUAACCGAUGGCAGAUUGCCGAUGGAUUGUGGAACCUCAUGGUCCGUAAAGGUUGUAUGCCUAAUGUUGCUACCUUUAAUGUUAGAAUUCAAUUCAUGGUAAAUAUGAGGUUUGCUUGGGAAGCUAAUAAAUUGUUGCAGUUGAUGAAACGUAUUGGGAUAACUCCUGAUGAGGUUACAUACAAUUUAGUGAUCAAAGGCUUUUUCCUAGUAGAGAAUCUUCAGAUGGCAAAAAGAAUCUACUCUGCUUUCCAUGGUGCGGGCUUCAAGCCAAAUUCUAGAAUCUAUCAAACAAUGAUUCAUUACCUGUGUAGAGCAGGUGAUUUUGAUUUGGCAUAUUCAAUGUGUAAAGAAAGCAUGAAAAAUAAUUGGUUCCCAAGUUCGGAUAUUAUUAAAAAUAUCCUUGAAGGGCUGUGCAAGGAUGGAACAGAGGAAAAGAUGGGAAACGCUCGAUUUUUAGUCAUCCUGGCUAAGAAAAAGAUACCCCCUUUCUCAACAGAAACUUUGAACGUGAUGCGGUCAAUAAUAGAUCGUAGUUAAAAGUACAAAAACAUUUAUUUCUGCUCAAUGGUUUAGCUGAUUUUGCAGCACCUCCAUAAUCCACAAAGCUCCAUUUUCUUUUUGGUGAAGCAGAAGUGAUGAAUUAUUACUUCAAUGGAUUAUGAGCCUCCACAUAAUUUGUAAUUUCUCCAGAAAUAAGAUUUUACUCUUUCAGGGAAGUCCAAUGGGGACUGAAGGAUGUUUGGAAGUACAAUGGCAACCUAAUUUAAAUGGACAGUAUUCCAGUGUUUCAUUUGCCACACCAAAGUAUAUACUUCCACGAUGGGAUCAUAUUGCUUUUCAGUUUGAGCUGGUUGCUUAAAGGAGCUUCGGUAGAACAGAAGAGGAGGGCAACCUUAAAAUCUUUUCAGCUGUAUAACUACCAUGUGCAUAACUAUGGAAGGACAUCCCGUUACCAGUGAGAAGCACUUUAAAGGCAAUUACAACAGAUACACGUCUGUUGCUCGCGAAGCUGGAGCUGCAAUCUAGGAUUUAGCCACCAUCCAGACCGAGUUGAGUACUUUCAGGGAUUAUGAUCAGGCAUUUGUGAAGCUGACAGCAUCGGAGUAUUGAACCAGCAGCUUCCUUACAUAUUGAUGAACACGAAAGGGACUGAUUCAUGAAGGAGUAGGGCGCUGACAGAUGAUGCCCUAUCGUACUCAUUUCAGUCUGCUAUCAAUCCCUUUGAUCAAACAAACAAAACCAGUUAAGUGAUGCUUCUCUAUGGCUGUACUCGACCUGCACUGUGUAUAGUUUCUGGAACAUGGCCUUCGUCUUCUCUGUUGGUUUUUGAAGUAACAGAUGACAUUUUCAGCUCAAUGUGCAACUGCCAGUGCCUUAACAUCGUUGGUUCAGCAUCAUAGUGACCCACAUAUUCCCCUCUCUCGGAUACAUCUCUAUCCCCUCUCGGAUACAUUCCUAUCCCCUCUUAGAUACAUCCCUCCCCUCUCGGAUACAUGCGUGAUCUAUGUAUCUGUAGAUUUUCUGAUGUAUCUGACAUCCUAUAAUUUUAAGGAACUUUUGUAAUUUGGAAAAGAAUAGAGAUAGGAUGUAACUAACUCUUAACACUAUGUGAUUUAUGUAAUUUUUAUGAAUUAAAGGUAGUAC